AGAGUCACGUUUGAUGAGGAAGCACCACCAACUGGCCACAGACAGAACAGACUUCAAAUCUCCUCAGCGCGCGAGUCAGAAGCUCGUGCCAUGUUCUUGUAAUCCCCAUUUCGCUGAAGAUGAGCAGCAUGUCAGUUCGCUUCGUAGACCAUCAGUCGUCUCGCCCCUUUUGUGCGUAAUUUUUAACAUGCUUGAAGAGUUUGUGCGUAAAAGUCUGCGUUUCUCUGUGGCGCGCCACGCUUCUUCCUCCCCUUCCUAUCCUCAUCUUCAUCGGGUCUAAGGCUGACGACGCCAAGACGGUCCAGCCCAUCUAAAAAAUGGCUGUGCUCGGUUCCGGUCGGAGGGGAUCCGCUCCGCGUAUGAUGGGCUUGGUGGUUCUUUUAAUGCUCGUUUCCCUCCACGUUUCCUCGGCGAGUCGUGAUGUUGCUUCAGGAGACAAUCAGACGCAGAGAAAGCCAGUCCAGGAGGACCCACAUCAGCAGACCAACUCCACGGAUCACAGGAAGGCUUUCCCUGUCCUCGCCUUCAACUACGACCACGUCAGGAAACCCUUUGAGAUAUCUCUGUGGAUCCUCCUGGCCCUGCUCAUGAAACUCGGUUUUCACAUCAUUCCCAGAGUAUCGCAUGUGGUCCCAGAGAGCUGUCUGCUGAUCUUCGUCGGCCUGCUGGUUGGUGGCAUCAUUAAAGCCAUGCAGGAGAAGGCCCCUGUCCUGGACUCAAAGCUCUUCUUCCUCUACCUGCUGCCUCCCAUCAUCUUCGAUGCCGGCUACUUCCUGCCUAUCCGGCCCUUCACGGAGAACUUGGGCACCAUCCUGAUGUUUGCGGUGGUGGGCACGCUGUGGAAUGCUUUCUUCAUUGGUGGGAUGAUGUUCGCCGUCUGUCAGAUUGAGGCGGCCCAGGUGAGCCACGUGGACCUGCUGUCCUGCCUGCUGUUCGGCUCCAUCAUCUCAGCUGUGGACCCCGUGGCCGUCCUGGCGGUGUUUGAGGAGAUCCACAUCAACGAGCUGCUGCACAUCCUGGUGUUCGGGGAGUCGCUCCUAAACGAUGCGGUCACCGUGGUACUUUAUCACCUGUUUGAGGAGUUUUCCCACGCAGGAGCUGUGACUGUUGGCGAUGCCUUCCUUGGUGUGGUCUCUUUCUUCGUGGUCUCAGUGGGCGGCAUCAUGGUGGGCGUCGUCUAUGGCAUCCUGGGAGCCUUCACCUCCCGCUUCACCUCCCACACUCGGGUCAUUGAGCCCCUGUUUGUCUUCCUCUACAGCUACAUGGCGUACCUCUCUGCUGAGGUCUUCCAUCUUUCAGGGAUCAUGUCUUUAAUUGCCUGUGGCGCGGUUAUGCGUCCAUAUAUGGAGGCCAACAUUUCCCAUAAAUCCUACACCACCAUCAAAUACUUCCUGAAGAUGUGGAGCAGUGUGAGUGAGACCCUCAUCUUCAUCUUCCUCGGGGUGUCAACGGUGGAGGGUCCUCAUAACUGGAAUUGGAUCUUUGUCAUCUCCACACUUGUCUUAUGUCUGGUGUCCAGAGUGUUGGGAGUCAUUGGUCUCACGUUCAUCAUCAAUAAAUUCCGGAUUGUGAAAUUGACCAAAAAGGACCAGUUCAUUGUGGCCUACGGUGGCCUGCGAGGUGCCAUAGCUUUCUCACUGGGAUUCCUGCUGACUGACAGUGAAACAAAGCACAUGUUCCUCACCGCCAUCAUCACUGUCGUUUUCUUUACUGUCUUUGUUCAGGGAAUGACUAUAAGGCCUCUGGUGGAGCUCCUGGCUGUAAAAAAGAAAAAGGACAGCAAAGGAUCAAUUAAUGAGGAGAUUCACACGCAGUUCCUGGAUCAUCUCCUGACAGGAAUUGAAGGCAUCUGUGGUCAUUAUGGACAUCAUCACUGGAAAGACAAGCUUAAUCGCUUCAAUAAGACUUAUGUGAAGAAGUGGUUGAUCGCAGGCGACCGCUCCACAGAGCCGCAGCUCAUCUCCUUUUACAACAAGAUGGAGAUGAAACAGGCCAUGAUGAUGGUGGAGAGCGGGAGCUCCGCCAAGCUGACUUCAACUGGAUCGUCUGUCUCCUUACAAAACAUUCAGCAAAAAGCACCGGCCAGAAAACGAGCCAUCCCGAGCAUCUCGAAGACUCGUGAGGAGGAGAUCAGAAAGAUCCUCCGAAGCAACCUGCAGAACACCCGACAGAGGCUUCGCUCAUACAGCAGACACGACCUCUUCAUCGACCCGUUAGAGGACAACAUGAGCGAGAUUCGCUUCAGGAAGAAAAGGGUGGAGAUGGAGAGGAGACUGAGUCACUACCUGACAGUCCCUGCGAAUCGCCACGAGACGGCUCCUGUGAGGAAAGUCUGGUUUGAACCAGAGCACAAGGUUUACACUUAUGAUGACAGCGAGAGCCCCAGAGGCCGAGCUGCCCAGCCCGAUCCCGGGUCUUUGGAUGCUGUCAGCCUGCUGGACGAGUCCCCCAAAAGAAGCAGACAGAGCAGCACGCUGAAAGCUGAAGGCGCCGCUGAGCAGAGGAGCAAAGAAUCAGACGACCAGGAGGAGCAGCUGAAACUGUCACGUUGCCUUAGUGACCCUGGUCCGAACAAGGAGGACGACGAAGAUGACGCCUUCCUGUCGAUGAAGCACAUUCCCAGAACUUAAUCCCUGGAUGGAGCUGAUGCAACCUGGAUGUUCAUAAACAUUUUGAACAUAAUUCUAUCAUGCAACAUGCAGCAUUACCAAAGCUUUCACCACAAGGCAUUUCAGCUUCUGUUUCAGAGCCUGAAGUGAGCCAUUAGUAUUCCAAGAUGGAGCACUGCUUGACCUACAAGGUGGGUGGAGUAGGGGUGGAGAUGUGUCAGUAAUGAGAUGAUGUGAAGAACGACAGAUUCUAAGUAGUUGCAGAAAUACUGAAAAGAUGAUUUAGAAACCUUCUCUAAGAAUUCUGUCAACUAUUUGUUAUAAAAGGUUUGUGCUAACUUAUUUAACUCCUUUAGAGCGAUCAUAAGGUGGAUUUUUAUUCAUUUUUCAGUGGACCCUCUGAAGCUGUUGGAACAAUUGUCAUGUUUGGUCCUAUGAGCUAAAGAGUGAAAGCUGUUUUUGAGCCACAACAUGUCUUUUUUUUUUUUUGCCUUUUGUCCACUGUAUCUCAUUUUGUGAAGUCCGAACUCUCUAAACAUCUUAGCCUCCUUUCGCCUUGAUGCAGAUGGUCUCUGAAACACUGACGUGCUGCUUUGCUGUGUGUUUGUGUUUUGGAUUGAAUGUAAAGUUUUAUGAUGAGACUCUGUUCUUGUGAGAGAGCAGAGAAAAUGUCACAUUCUGGACUAUAAAACCCAGAAACCCUCACUGUUAGAAUUAAGCUCUCAACAUAAAGAAAGCAGCAUAUACUUUCACCUUUGUUAUUUUAUUAUUUCCAUGUAAGCGUUCAGGAUGAUCAGAAUCAGCAUGAAGGGAUUUGCAAUGCAUCAAGUUCCCACCGGACCAGAACAUCAAUAAUAAGAGUAAGAAACUGGGUGUGAAAAAAGAGCGAUGUUGUGAUUUUUAUUGCAUUUAACAUUUAUGGUGCAAAUGGCAUUCUAUCACUGUUUUAAAGACCAUCUCAAAAUCCAUAAAUUAUGUUUCUGAGUGAGUUCAGGCCUCAUUAAAACAAGCUUUCAUGUAAUUUAGCCGGCAGGUUCAAAGAUCUUGUUUUAUGGCCAGAAAUAGAUAAAAAUGUGUGUUUUUAAUAUACUAAAAUAUGGUAAUAACAUAAUUUCUCCCUCCACUAAGGGGCUUUAUUAGAUUAAAAAAAAACAGAAGGCAACUGCAUCUUCUGGAACAAGCGCUGAAGUAUUAAAAUAUCAGUUUCACAGGAAGUAUGAACGUGUCCUGGUGAAAUAAAAAAUCUUUUCUUUUAAGGAUUUUAUCAGACUUUAACAACGCAAAUGAAACUGACCAAGCUCUGUGAACAAGCUUGGAGCUGUUCAUCUUCACAAAAAUGCCUCUUCAGUGUUUUUUUUCCCUCAGGGACUGUCUAUUCAGCAAUCAGCUGCUAAAAGAAACGACAUGUUAGUCUACAAUGUGCUCCUGUGUAAGAUUUUCUGUAAACUAAAGAAUUUUAAGCUUUAUUUGCUGACAUUGUCAAAGAAAACUACAUUCCUGCUAACAGAGUGUGUUUUGAGAUUUUAUUGGGAGGUGAAAGACACUUUAUUGCCUUUAAUGUCUCCGCCUCACAGCACCGGACUGCCGGGCCAUCUGCUGCCUGUACACGUUUGCCUUAAAAUGUUUUGCUUUUGUGUGUAAUAUUUUUGUAUUUUGAAAAUCUGUGUGUUGUAAACAUCUGUCAAAAGAAGUACUUGAAUUUCUGUGUGAAAUAAAAGUUUAUUAUUAAA